AUGAUCGGUGUGGUGCUGCUCUUUUUGGUCUUUAACAGUGUCACUGCUGAUGACAAUCAUUGUCCCUCUGGUUGGACAUUUUCUACGAACACCUCCUAUUGUUACAUCCAAUCUCCACAAUACAUGACCUACGCAGAAGCAGAUCCAUUCUGCCAGUCAAUGGGAGGAUCUCAAGUGUUCAUAUUCACAUCGAGAGAGCUCACUUGGCUCACUGACUUCACAUCCUCGUCAUUUGCUCAACCAUGGCUAGCCACUACAAGAAACACAACCACAAAUAUCUGGUAUAACUCCGAUAACACAUCUCCCACAGCAAGCUUUUGGACAACUGGAGAGCCAGGUGUCAAUGGAGAUUGUGCAACAUUCAAAGGCACAAGUGCCCCAGGUCUCAAAGUAACUCCGUGCUACAGUAUCCAACCGGCUCUCUGCAGGCAGAUGCCGGCACUAUGCCCAACGAUUAAAGAUUACGGUGGUGCGUACACUAGAAGUGGCACUAUCCAAUCUCCAGGGUAUCCAGUUCAGUAUUACAACAACUUGGACUGUCUCUACACUAUCACAUCCCCGGCAAACACGUACAUCACAUUGCUCUUCUAUCCGUAUGUUUUAGAGGACUUUUUUGAUUAUAUUGAUGUCUACGAUGGUCCAAACUCCAGCUAUCCAUUCCUUGGAACGACAGACAACUGGUGGUAUCUUCGUGACGACUUCGAAAGUUCCAGCAACUCUGUAUCUUUUAUUUUCCACACGGAUAACAUUAUCACCGACAAGGGAUGGUUACUGACUUGGAAUGCCAAAUCAAACACCCCACCAAUCAGCCAAUCGGGUCAGAACGGAUCAUUCACAUCUCCAAACUACCCAAAUAACUAUGACCCUUACACGGAGCAAGUGUAUUAUAUCAGAGCUCCAGUGGGAUUCCAGGUCAAUGUGACAAUCACUGAUUUCGUCACAGAGUCCACUUUCGAUGUUCUGGAAGUGUACAAUUCAUCGUAUGUCAGUUCCAGUAAUCUUAUUGCAAAUUUGUCUGGGUCAGCGGUUGCUCCAUGGUCUUGGCUUUCUCCAUCUCGUUAUGUGACGAUGAGAUUCAAAUCUGAUUAUAUGGUUCAAAAGAAAGGAUUCUCACUUUUUUGGAUUAUUCAAUGA